AUGCCAUACACUACUGCUACCUCGGAGUUCGUCGCUGGUCCUCACUCAGUGUUGGCAGCGUUGAAGGCGAAGCGGCGCAAAAUCUACAAGCUGUAUAGUAUGCUCUCGGACGAUCGACCAGGGGAAGAACAUUCAAGGCGUGCCAUGCCUUCUGCAAAUAAGAGAAAAAGCAGCCAGAACUCCAGUCAUGCUGAGGUUCUGAGGGAGAUAUACGCCCUUGCUAAAGAUCAUGGAAUACGCGUUGAAAAUGCCCAAGGGCCUACAUGGAAGCGAAGGUUCUCCAAGGUCACUGGUGGACGACCUCAUGGUGGCAUCCUCCUAGAGUGUUCUGCUCUCUCUGCUUUGCAAGUCUCGACGCUGCCAUCUGUUCAACAGCCCGACCAGAAUAUACUGGUUGCCAUUGGAUGGAAGGAUCAGCAAUCGUACAGCCCUGGAGUGGAGGAGCAAGAAGACAUAUUUGGCAACAAGAAACCAUUGCCUACUACGCCUUCAUAUCGACCCUCGUAUCGAUUCCCUUUCAUGUUGUUACUCGACCGCAUCAACGAUGUAGGCAAUUUUGGGGCAAUCGUGCGUUCUGCUUGGUUCCUCGGUGUUGAUGCCAUACUCACUCUAGACCACGGAACCCCUGCACCGACUCAAGCUUCUAAAGCGUCGUCUGGCGCAGUAGAAUACAUGCCCAUCUUGCAGAUCAAAUCAGAGAGAGACUUCAUCAAAACGUCGAGAGCGAACGGCUGGAAGUUCUUCGUCGCCGACGCGGCCCCCGAAGGUGCAGGGCGAGUCCAUAGCGUCUCUCGCCGGAAGCACGAAAAGGUCGAAGCGGUGCAAGCACAAGGUGCUUUGUUGCAAUAUCCCUGCGUUCUUGUCCUAGGCAAUGAGGGCGCAGGUAUUCGAACCUUCAUGCACAACCUCGCCGAUGGUGUGGUCGGAAUAUCAAAUGCCCGUCCAGACCAUGGAGAUGUCGACAGCUUGAACGUUAGUGUGGCGGCAGCCUUGCUGACCCAGAAAUUCUUCGACUCUGCUCGUGUAUAG